GUUGUCGGCAGGAAGAAGUUGACAAAAUGAAUUAAUUUUCAUCCGUAAUUCUCUACUAUUUUUACAGAGCUGGUGUCUACAAGCAACAUCUGCAUCUUUUUCUGACAGAUUCUGUACUGCAGAAACCUGAAAUAGAAUGAUGAAGUUGGAGGUACCAGAAACCUUUGAAGAUGUUGCUGUUGAUUUUUCAGCAGAAGAAUGGAGGAUGCUGAACAAUCAGGAGAAAGAACUGUACAGAGAGGUGAUGGUGCAGAACUACAAGCACAUGGUGUCAGUAGGUUUCAUAAUCCCAAAAGAGAAGCUCCUGCUGCUGCUUGAAAAACAUGGGAGUCUUGCACCUGAUGUUAUGGAAGAAACAAUGACCACUCUUCAGAUGGACGGCUCUGAAGUCCCCCCCAACAUUCACAGGUGGUUAAAUGGCAGUGAGAUUCAGUGUCAGAGGUCAUCACGGAAACAGCAUCUAAGUUCCACAUGUGCUAUGGGUUCCACAGAUAAAACACCUCCUACAGUGCAUGGCUCGUCUCAUACUGGAACCAGACGUCAUAAAUAUAUGAAAAGUAACAGCAAUUUUACUUUGGAGAAGGAUCUGAAAGUGGUUCUGGAAACUCAAAAGACUGACAAAAUGUACAAAGCAGAUGAGUGUAAAACAGUUUCCGGAUUCCAUUUUCUAAAACGAUGGAAAGGUUGCACUGAUGAGAGAUUAAGGAGGAGGGUCCAUCCUCACGAUGUUGAUAAAUGUUCCAGAAUAUCUGAAGGAAGGAAAGCAAAGGAGAAAUGCAAAGACAGUUUGAAAAUGCAUCCAAAAGCCUACGCAAAGGAGAAAUUGUUUCAGUGUGCCACAUGUGGCAAGUGUUUCAUAAGGAUAAGUAGCCUUAUCCAACAUAAGAAUGUCCACACUGGCAUCAGUCCAUUUAAAUGUGCCACAUGUAACAAGUAUUUUUCACAUAAGUUUUCCCUCACCAUCCACAAAAGAACUCACACAGGGGAGAGACCAUUUAAAUGUGCAACAUGUGACAAAGCUUUUACAAAGAAAAGCAACCUUACAGCCCAUGAGCAAAUACACACUGGAAUUAAACCAUUUAAAUGUGUCACUUGUGGCAAGAGAUUUUUAGACAAACCCAAGCUUCAGAGACAUAUUAAUUCCCACACAGGGGUGAAGCCAUAUAAGUGUACAAUAUGUAAUAAGAAUUUUGCACAGAAGGGUGCCCUUACAAUCCAUGAGAGAAUCCACACUGGAACUAGGCCCUAUAAAUGUGCCACAUGCGGCAAGAGCUUCAUACAGAAAAAUUCCCUUAUUAUGCAUGAAAUUACACAUACUGGAAUGAAGCCAUAUAAAUGUGUAAUAUGUGGUAAAAGCUUUGCUUGGAAGCAGUGCCUUGAAGUCCAUGAAAAAAUACACACUGGAAAUCAACCUUAUAAAUGCUCUUUGUGUGGCAAGAGUUUUGUACUAAAGAAAUGCUUUAUAUACCAUGAGAAAAUCCAUGCUGGAGAUAGACCAUUUAAGUGUUCCAUUUGUGGCAAGAGUUAUGUAGAUAGACAUGGCCUUGCAGGUCAUAAGAUUGUUCACACUGGAGAAAAGCCUUACAGCUGUGCAACAUGUAGUAAGAGUUUUAUACGGAAACACAGCCUCACAGUUCACGAAAAAAUCCACACUGGAGAGAAGCCUUACAGCUGUACAACAUGUUGUAAGAGUUUUAUAUGCAAACGUGACCUCACAGUUCAUGAAAAAGUCCACACUGGUGAAAAGCCGUAUGAAUGUGAAACAUGUGGAAAGUGUUUCAGACGAAAACACCACCUUGAAAUCCACAAGAAACUUCACACUGGACGUGAAGCCUUUAAAUGCCCCGUAUGUGGCAAGACAUACACCGAAAAGAGUAAUCUCAGAAGGCAUGAGUUUGUCCACUCUGGGAAGAAGCCAUAUAAAUGUGCAUCAUGUGAUAAGAGUUUUUCACGGAAGGCUAACCUUAGGCACCAUGAGAAACUCCACAGUGGGGAGAGAAAAUCCAAAGGCGAAACAAGAAAAUUGCCCCUUCUUGAUCAAGAAAACAGGUACCUAAAAUUCAGCUGGCAUGACAAGAUGUCAUAACUAAAGACAUUUUUCUAAAUUAAAUGUUAGUAACUAAAUCAGAAAAAUUAACUGAAAAUUCAGAAAAGGCUAGCCUGGCUCUGUGACACAGGGGGUCAGAGCCCUUACUGCGAUCCAGGUGUCUGGGGUUCAGUUAAUGGCCCAAGCAUUGGAGGAGCCAGGAGGGGAGGGUGGAUUGAAGAGACAGAGUUUGCACACACCUGUCAGGGAAUGGGUUGCCCAUAGUUAAAGGUACACAGUUUGGGGAAGUUUCCCAAAGUGCAGAUUGAAGAAAACACCAGUAAGUGCUUUUAGGGAAGGUACAGAAUUGUUUGGAAAGAACUCUCCAUGUGGAAGUGAAGAGAUGUCCUUUGGAGACCACCCUCUGCAUAUCUCCUACCCAGCAUUUCAACAUGUGCACAUCUCCUCCUUAGCAUUUAACUGCACUUCACCUUAGCAUUUAACAGCACUUCACCUUUCCCCACACAUGGAAAGUAGAUCUCAAAUCAGACAACCAACCACUCUUUAUGGUUGUGUAAAUGAUGGCCUCUCCUGGUCAACCAGCACUCUGGUGAUGGGUAAUGAACAGGCUGAUUGGCCUUGAGGGGAGAUGUUGAUUGACAGACAGUGGGGGUAAAAUGGCAAAAAGAAAGAAAUAAAAUAAAACUCUGACAGUACCAUGCAAAAAGAGUAGUAAUAGGACAUGCAGAUCACAGAAGAAAAUCUAGUCAUAUAGGAAGUAACGUAAGGGAAUGUUUGAUAUUAACUACAUUAUUGUAUUAUGUGCUGGUGAAGGAGACAGAAGGUAUAUGUGACUUAAAGAAUCUGAUGAUUAAUAAGGUAAAUACAGUAACUGGAAUCAUUCAUAAGGACCCAGAUUAUACAUCAGACUUAACAGAAUACAUUUCUAUGCAGCAAGGCUGUUAAUUGGUAAAGUACUGUCGGAAAAAAAUGACUGAAAGAAAGGAACAUUUAGAUAUUCACCCUGGAAAUUGUGAUGAAAAACAGUAAAGAGUUUUAAAACAAAAAUCAGUAUUGUAGACAUUUAUUAAAGGAAGCAGAUCUCUUACAGUCCUUUGAUGUAAAUAAGAAAACACUAUUAAAACAGAUCAAGCUGUGGGUUACACCUGGACUAAGGUAUUUGUGAAUUGACCUUCUGGUCAAAUUUGAUUUCUUUUCCCCAAGAGGCAAAAUUCAGUUUUAGUUAAUUCUGUGGGGGCAAAGCUUUAUGCAUCCUCAUGUAGGGGUUUCACUCUCUUUUUUUAUGUGUUUAUCGUUUCAUGAGAUCAUUGCAUGGUGGCGAAAAAGAAGUUUUUCAUACUGCAAUCAGCCUGUGUUUUGACUUGGUGAUUAAAUUGCAAGUCUUUUUUCUUCAUGGUUAUGCUUGCAGUCAAAAAGAUCCCACGUCAACAACAGGACACUUUUGAAAAUAAAUACAUGUAAAGUAUUGUUUUUACAAUGGCACCCUCUCCAACAUCCCUGGCAUGGGGGUUGUGUCUCCACAACCCUACUGAGUAUUUAUACUGGUUUGAGAUUGAUUUGCCUUUGGAAAAGAAAA